AUGAGCGAGGAGAAGCUUUUCGGCUUUCCGGCAUAUCCGCCGUUCCGCCCGGGCCAGCCCCGCUUCCCGCAGGAGACCUUCCUCGGCCGCUACCUUCACUACCUCGACGUCAUCGAUCCGAGGACACUUUUUGCUUCUGACGUUGGGAGAGGAUUUUGAAAUUGAGAUAAUGGAGUCCAUUUAGAGAAAACUUCAAGAAUCGGUGGCGUUGCUGGACGCCUUCAACUCGGGAAAACCUACCAGUUAGUUUUUUUUUUCAAAAUAGGUUAUCCAAUAUUUGAAGUCUUUUGAACUCUUAGAGCAUUGGCAAGAAAAAAUCGGCAAGUCUCAACUUGGGAAGAAUUCUAAUUUCAAAAAUAAUUUUUUUACUUGAAUGUCUUUUAAAAAAACCUUUGAAGCGUCGGUUUACAAAAAUUGAUAAAAUAUGGAGCCUGAGGCUUGCAGGAUCUUCAAUCCGUUCUCUAAAAGAGAUUUGGAGAUGUCCGAAAUUUACACUUGAAUGAACUUCCUUGUUAGAAACUUGUACAUAUUUGAAAACUCACAAAUUCUUCCAACAUUCUUUUAAACUUCCCGAAUCAGAUGCGACAAACCGGGAACUUUGGGAGGCUCAGAAGCUCAAACAGGCCGUGCUUCACCCGGACACCGGAGAAAAAGUCCUGCCGCCUUUCCGAAUGAGUGGAUUCGUUCCAUUCGGUUGGAUCACGGUAAAGCUUCUCUUCGAAAAGUAGGUUUUUUCCCAAUCGAAUUUCAGGUCACCGGAAUGUUGCUGCCGAACCCCUCCUGGCCGACUUUGCUUUUCUGGCAGUGGAUGAACCAGUCACACAACGCCUGCGUCAAUUAUGCCAACAGGAAUGCUACUCAGGUUGAUUUUACCUAUUCAAUUUCGAAGUUUCGAGCUUUUUCUAGCCUCAACCUUUGUCCAAAUACAUUGGGGCCUACGCGGUGGCUGUCUCAGCGGCGUGCACUAUUUCUGGAGGUACUUAACUUGGAUUUGAAUGAAAAGACAGGGGGAAAAGUUUGCUUCAAGUUUUUGAAUGAAUCGAAAAACUGAUCAAAACCUUUUUGAAAACCCGUAAUUAUCAAUUUUUCCAGUUUUUUUUUUAAAAUCAGAUCUGAUAUAUCAUUUUUCAGGUUUGACCUACUUCAUUAAGAAGGCGUCUUCACUUCCACCAACGACCAGACUUAUAAUUCAGGUUCGAUAAGAUUAAUUUUCAAGAGAAAGAUUUUACAAGAAUAACUGAACUUUGCAAGGAGACGUUAAAAUGAUAAAUAGCAGAGAUUUUACCAAAUACUAAAAAAUUCUCCGUCAUAGAGCCGUUUAUGAUAAUGAAAAUGAAAGUGCAGAAAAAGUAUAUUGCAAAAAAAUGUUCAAAAAGAUCCACUACUUAAUGUGAAAGAGCUUCUUUUUAACAAUUUUUUUCUGGCUUUCAGCUGAAUGCAUGCAAAUUAUUAACCUCAAAAAAAAAAAAAUAGAUUUAAAAAACUUCCAAAAAAACGAACUUAACUCAAGAGAUUCGUUCCCUUGCCGGCGACGUCGUUGGCUUCUUCUCUGAACGUCGUCUGCAUGCGCGCCAACGAGCUCAAAACCGGCAUCGAAGUCUACGAACGAAACGGAACCGUCGUCGGAGUUUCCAAAGUAGCCGCUAAACAGGUUUUGAUAUAUUGAAAAAAAUAUUUAUACCAAACUUGAAGGCGAUCACGGACACGACGAUGGUUCGAGCCUUCCUUCCUGUGCCGCUUCUCCUCAUUCCACCCUGCAUUAUGCCCAUUUUCGAGAAGUGAAUCAUUUUUUGAGCUUCUUACCUUUAAAUUGCGAUGCAGAAGACGUUGGGUCACUUCCUCGCCAGUACGACACCUUCUGGUAAACGCCGCCGUGUGCACUCUUUCCUUCGCAUUUUCCCUUCCGAUCGCUUUAGCCCUAUUUCCUCAAGAAAGCGCUGUAAGUUUUGAAUAUCAAAAUUUUGAUUAUUAGUUUUGACUUACAGAUUCCUUUCGAUCAACUGGGAGCCCGAACUUCAAGCAAAGACAAGCGAGAAAGAACUUUUUUUAUAACAAAGGACUUUAAAUUUCUGUAA